AUGGUAGUGCUAGCGGUAUCAAUUACGACCAGGAGCGGGAAGCCGCUGGUAUCAAGACAGUUUAAGGACAUUUCCCGGGACCGAAUAAUGGAACUGCUGUCCAAUUUCCAAGGCUUAGUGGCAAACUCAUCUCGGCAGCACACGUUCGUGGAGGAGGAACACGUGCGGUACGUGUACAAGCCAUUCGACGACUACUACAUUAUUCUGAUCACGAACCGGCAGUCGAACAUCAUCCAGGACAUGGAUACGUUGAAUUUGUUUUCGCAGACGGUCAACUCGCACCUGAAGGGGUUCAGCGAGGACGAGAUUCUGGACAACGCGUUCGACAUCUUGGGCUCCUUCGACGAGAUUAUCUCGCUGGGGUGCAAGGAGAAUCUGUCGCUGAGCCAAAUCAACACGUUCCUAUCGAUGGAGUCACAUGAGGAGAAGUUGCAGGAGAUAAUCGAGCGCAACAAAGAGUUUGAGGCUGCGGAAGAGCGCAAGCGCCGUGCACGCGAGAUUAGCCAGCGGGAGCGUGAGCGCAAGCUUGGCAUUGAUCCAUACGCCGCGACGGAGUUCCGGGGCUCGAGUGACCAGAACAUGUCGCAGGCAUACAGCAGUUACUAUAGCAAUGCGUCUCCUGCGGCGCAACAGUCGUACAAACACUUACAGCAGCAGCAGAGUCACACAAUCGAGGAGGCCAUAGUGCCAUCACAAGCAUAUGCGGGUACCAGUAGGGGGGCUGGCAUGAAGCUUGGUGGCAAGAAGGGUGUACACGCUCCGGACCUCUCAUCCAGAAGCGCCGGGCCCCAGCGUGUUGCGAACAUGCUCCAGCCUGUAGAAGAAAAGCGGACAAAUGAGGGUAUCCUGGUGAGUGUGAAGGAAACGGUGAACGCUGAAAUUGCCAGGGAUGGUACCAUUUCGACCUCUGAGUUGAAGGGUGUGUUAGAGCUUCGCAUCAAGAAGCCAGAACUGUCGCACGUGAGACUCAUAUUGGACUCUGCCGUUGAUGUCAAGGACCGCUCGUUCCAGUUUAAGACGCAUCCAAAUAUUGACAAGGCGCUGUUCAUGAGUUCGAAGGUGAUAGGACUAAAGGACCCUGAAAAGUCAUUCCCGUCCAACGACCAAAGCUUGGGCGUGCUAAGGUGGCGCAAAGUUGGCUCUGCGGACGACCCGAGUCUAAUUCCUCUACAGGUGUCUACAUGGGUGUCGCCAGCCGAUGGUGCGUUCGACAUCACCGUUGAGUUCGAGAUUAACGAAGCUUACAACCAAGAGAUAAAAGAUCUACGUUUUGUUUUACCCUUAUAUACGACUGACGUGGUGAUCAAGGAUGAUUCCAAUGACGUAAACGCCGAAAUUGAGACUAUCGACGAGGAACACGGCAUUGUGGUCAAGGUGCAAUCGCUUGUCCCAGGUGUUUCUGGGGUCUUCUGUGUGUCCGUCGAAACAUCAGACGAAGAAGCUCUAUUCCCUAUGAGUGUUGUGUUUUCACACACUGAUGCCUCCAAGACCUUCUCUCGGGUUGGGAUUUCGAAAGUGACCUCCGCAAAGGAUGACGCAGAGGAGUUACCAUUUGAAGCUACUUCUUCUUUGAGAACAGAUGAAUACGUGGUAGUUUAA